AUGAAUUACGACGAUACUCGCCUAGUGGUUGGAAUAGAUUUUGGAACAACUUAUUCAGGAUUUGCAUAUGCCAAUAAAAUAAAUCCAGAAAUCAUAACGAACGACACAUGGACGGACCAAAUUGGUCAACUGAAAACUAAUACGGUCCUUCAAUAUGAUGAAAAUUUUUAUCAAGUUGAAGCAUGGGGAUGUCCAGCUUUAGCAAAACGUCAGAAAAGGAAGGACCGCAGCAAUCCACCUAAGCCUAUCGAAUUAUUUAAAUUACAUUUAGGUGAUAUACCCAAAGAAAAUAAACCUGUUUUACCCCCUGGCUUAAGUUAUAAAAGGGCCAUUACUGAUUACCUUCGCGAAAUAGAUACCGUUACAACAAGAUGGCCGAAUAUCAAUUUUAUGUCUCAAGUUAAAAUUGUCGUAACGGUUCCUGCGGAAUUUUCCGAAAAAUCCAAGAGUAUUAUGAGGGAAUGUAUAUUUAACGCAGGAUUAAUUAGCGACCUUCACACCGUUCGCUUACAAUUCACAACUGAACCCGAAGCUGCUGCGAUUUAUUGUAUGAGAACUUUAGCAGAACAUUUUGACAAUCCUAUAGGAAUGGUUAGCGAAAAUAAAUUAGGAGAAAUUACUGAAAGGACGGGAGAUUUUUGUGGUAGUGCGUACGUGGAUCAAGAAUUUAUAAAAUUCCUUGAAACCAAAGUAGGAGAAAGUGCAAUAGAAUUAUUAAGAAAGAAUAAUUACAAUCAAUUUCAAUAUAUGAUACAAGAAUUUUGUAAGCAUGUUAAAUUAUUAUUUAGUGGAGAAAAAACAAGUUACAAACCUUAUGAAUUUGAUUUAGAAGAAGUAUGUCCGGUCCUAAAACAAUAUGUUACGGGAACAUUUAGAGAUAAUUUAGAAGAGGAAGAUUGGAUGUUCGAGUUAACCUUUAAGAAUGUUAAAGAUAUGUUUGAUCCGGUUCUAAGCAAAAUUAUUUCUUUGAUAAAAGAUCAACUUGGUUCUAGUAAAGAUAAAUGUACCGCCAUGUUUUUAGUCGGCGGUUUCAGUGAAUCAAAAUAUUUACAAUUUAAAGUUAAACAGGAAUUUAAAAGUCAAGUAUCAAUCAUUUCUGUACCAAGACAACCGAUUGCUGCUAUUGUGCGUGGUGCCGUUGAUUAUGGUCUCAACGCUAAAGUUAUCAAAUCACGUGUAUUGAAGUAUACUUAUGGCACAAAAACUUCUCCUCUUUGGACUUCUGCUGACCCAAAAAGUCGUAAAAGACCUGAUGGAAGAAUUUUUAAAUUCUUUACUUUAGCAGAAAAAGGAAAACGUGUUGAUGUUGAUGAAGAAGUUUCUCAUAGCUUUAGCGUUGCACGGCCAGAACAAACAAGCAUGGAUAUGGACAUAUACGUGACGAGGAACGGUUCUGCAAAAUUUUGCGACGAAGAUGACGUAGUAUUACUUGGUAAUUUCAGUGUAGCGAUGCCAGAACUCGGUUUAAAGAGAUCAGUCUUGUAUACGCUUCGAUUCGGUGAAAUGGAAAUUAGAGCUACGGCAAAGAACAAACAAAGUGGCAAAGAAUAUCAUACUUCUUUCAAACUGGAAUUUGAUUAA